GCGCCUGGGCCUGCGACCUGUCGCCCCGCAGCGCGCCGAGCACCGGGCGCUCGCUCGGGCCGACGCCCGCCGACGGCUUCCGCCACAGGCUCGUGCGGGCUGGGCGGGCUUCGGCGCCGGGUGCCCUCCAGUCGGCCGCCACAGGGCCCCUCCGCCAGGAGGGCCCUCGUCCUUCAUGGCGUCCUCCGAAAGGACCAUGUCGGCCCCGACCUCUAAACACCCCUCGGGGCUCUUCUCCCUCGGGCGGCCAUGGCCUUGACUCUUCCCCCGUCACCUCCUCAGAGCGGCGUCCGCCUCCACCGGGUCGCAGGCUCCCUGGCCCGCGUUCCCUCGGGGUCUCCGGGGUCUCCCGCCGCGGCCCCGUUGCCCGGGCGCUGCCCGUGGCUGCCGCCAGAGGGCGCCGUCGGCGGCGGCGCGCACUCCGCAGGGGCCGCUCCUCUCGCCGCCCCGGCCUCGCCCCCGGCGCUCGCGCCGCCGGAAGUGGGAGGUGCCGCGCGCACGGGCCGGCGCUCGACCCCUCCCCCAGGCUCGGCCGCCCCCUCCCCCCCUCUCCGCCCGCUCAGAGUGCAGAUGGCAGCCCCUGAGGUAGCUGGCCUUGGGGCCAGUGCCCCCAGUCCUUCGGAAUCCUCUACUUUAUGUGCUUCCAAGUCAGAUGAAGCUCUCCCAGAUGGCCUAAGCCCCAAAGACUCUGCCCAGAAACAGAAGAACUCGUCUCCAUCGAGUGUAAGUAGCCAAAUGAUAACCAAGGAGAGUAACAGAAAUGCCCAUUUGGAACACCCAGAGCAGAAUCCUGGUUCAUCAGCAAGUGAUACUUCAGCAGCGCACCAGGAGGUUUUAGGAGAAAACUUGGUAGCCACAGCCCUUUGUCUUUCUGGCAGUGGGUCUCAGUCUGAUUUGAAGGACUUGACCAGCCCGGCAGGAGAGGAGGGGGACACGAGCCUCCGGGAGAGCAUCCAUCCAGUCACUCGGUCUCUUAAGGCAGGGUGCCACUCAAAACACCUUGCCUCCAGGAAUUGCUCUGAAGAGAAAGCCCCACCAGCCUCCAUCCUAAAGGAAGGUAGCAGGGAUGCAGGCUUGGAUUUCCGACCUGUAGUGCCUCCUGCAAAUGGGGUUGAAGGAGUCAGAGUGGAUCAGGAUGAUGAUCAGGAUAGCUCUUCCCUGAAGCUUUCUCAGAACAUUGCUGUACAGACUGACUUUAAGACAGCAGAUUCAGAGGUAAACACAGAUCAAGAUAUUGAAAAGAAUCUGGACAAAAUGAUGACAGAGAGAACCCUGUUGAAGGAGCGUUACCAAGAAGUCCUGGACAAGCAGAGGCAGGUGGAGAAUCAGCUUCAAGUGCAAUUAAAGCAGCUUCAGCAAAGGAGAGAAGAAGAAAUGAAGAAUCACCAGGAGAUACUAAAGGCGAUUCAGGAUGUGACCAUAAAGCGAGAAGAAACCAAGAAGAAGAUAGAGAAAGAAAAGAAGGAGUUCUUGCAAAAGGAGCAGGACCUGAAAGCUGAAAUUGAGAAGCUCUGUGAGAAAGGCAGAAGAGAAGUGUGGGAAAUGGAACUGGAUAGACUCAAGAACCAGGAUGGUGAAAUCAAUCGGAACAUUAUGGAAGAGACGGAGCGGGCUUGGAAGGCUGAGAUCCUGUCACUAGAGAGCCGGAAGGAGUUGCUGGUGCUGAAACUGGAAGAAGCAGAAAAAGAAGCCGAGCUGCAUCUGACUUACCUCAAGUCAACUCCUCCAACCCUGGAGACAGUUCGUUCCAAACAGGAGUGGGAGACAAGACUGAAUGGAGUUCGGAUAAUGAAAAAGAAUGUUCGGGACCAGUUUAAUAGUCACAUCCAGCUAGUGAGGAAUGGAGCUAAGCUGAGCAGCCUUCCUCAGAUCCCUACCCCAACUCUGCCUCCGCCCCCCUCAGAGGCAGAUUUCAUGCUUCAAGUAUUUCAGCCCAGUCCCUCUCUGACCCCUCGGAUGCCCUUCUCUAUUGGGCAGGUCACAAUGCCUAUGGUCAUGCCCAGUGCAGAUCCUCGCUCUUUGUCUUUUCCAAUCUUGAACCCUGCCCUUUCCCAGUCCAGUCAACCAUCCCCACCUCUUCCUGGCUCACAUGGGAGAAAUAGCCCUGGCUUGGGUUCCCUGGUCAGCCCUCAUGGUCCACACAUGCCUCCUGCUGCCUCCAUCCCGCCUCCCCCAGGCUUGGGCGGGAUUAAGGCUUCUACUGAAACUCCCCGGCCCCAACCAGUAGACAAACUGGAGAAGAUCCUGGAAAAGCUGCUGACUCGGUUCCCACAGUGCAAUAAGGCCCAGAUGACCAACAUUCUUCAGCAAAUCAAGACAGCACGUACCACCAUGGCGGGCCUGACCAUGGAAGAGUUAAUCCAGCUGGUAGCUGCACGGCUGGCAGAGCAUGAACGGGUGGCAUCGAGCACUCAGGCGCCACCCACCUGUAAGCUGUGUCUGAUGUGUCAGAAGCUUGUCCAGCCCGGUGAGCUGCACCCGAUGGCCUGCACCCACGCGCUGCACAAAGAGUGUAUCAAAUUCUGGGCCCAGACCAACACAAAUGACACUUGUCCCUUUUGCCCAACUCUUAAAUGAUGGACCCGACUGGGGAGGAAGAAGAGGAGAAACCGAUGUGAACAGGAAACGCGGGUUCAAGAUUUCUAAAACUCUAUAUUUAUACAGUGACAUAUACUCAUGCCGUGUACAUUUUUAUUAUAUAGGUAAUGUGUGUAUAGAAAGUCUGUAUUCAAACGUUCGUAAUGAAAGUAUGUAUAUAAUGCAGAUAUACCCUGUUCCCCCUCCUCUUGCAGUUCUUUUUGGGGUUGCAGACUAUAGGGAAUAUGACAUUUAAUUUGGCCUUGAAAUCACGAUCCCUGCCUAGGAUUGUUGUCUAACCCAUUUUAGAAAGCUGCUGUUGCUCUAAGGCCAUCCUGCUUUGGUUUGGCUCAGCCUCUAGUCCAUUUCUGUAAGGCUCAUGUAUGCAGAAUUGAAGCCUGGUGCUCACCUGCUGUCCAACCAGAUGCCUUGCUUUGCAGGGGCCUCCAGAAGCUUUGGUGUUGUUUUAGCCACUCCAAUGAUAAAAUGAUUGAGGGGGAAAAAAUGUAACUCUGAUAGUUUGAUUUUUUUUUUCAUUGAACAUUUUACUGUGUUAAUGCUCAUUAUUUAUACAUUGAUAUCAGGUAUACAGGAUAUUGUUUUAUGUCAGUAAAAUCCACAGUCCAAGAACAUAAUCAGGUUCCAUUCCUCCCACCAUCUUCUGUCUGCUCUGUUUCCUGGAGAGAAAAGCACAAUUCAUAGAAUUUUCCCUGGGCCUAGCAACCGUCCUUUGUUGUCACUGGCUUGGCCUCCACUGAUCAAUGACAGACCAGCCUUGCAGAGUGCUCACCCUUCCCAUUCUUCUGGUCUCCUAAUCUAGCUAUCCUCUCCUUCAAAGGUUAAGGCAGUUGGUUCACAACCAAGUUGUUUGGUGACCUUGGGUGAGCUCCAGACAGGCACUGGGGUGAGAUGUCUGUGCAAAAUUAUUUGCAGAAUAAUCAUGGGAUGUUGGAUUUUCGUUUGUGAAACAAGGAAGCUAUGGGGACACCUUCCCUGUCUGGGAUAAAAUGGAGACAUGAGAUGACGGGGUGGGGCUUGACAGUCACAGCCAUGUUCUGUAGAUUCCCAUCUGGAGGGAGACGGCUCUCCUCUGCUUAUGCAGCACGUCUGGUUUUUGUCUGGGACGUCUGUGGCUUAGAGAACCUGGAGUCUUUUAUCUUUAAAAUCUUUAUCUUUACUGCUAUAGUAAAUGGCUUUAAUUACCUUCUUUUUUAGCAUUAAACAAGUGUUAACCAAGGAAAAAGAAAUUGGAUCUGGGGGAAGGGCAACAUUAUGUUACCAACAAUUGAUGUUUUCCCAUUCUGGAACUGGGAAAUGCUUGUUGAAUCUAGCAAUUUGUAUUAGGAUAGCAAAGACUUUCUCCUUUCUGAGCUAACUAAAUUCUUUUGUUUUUUUCUUCCUUGCCUAUGA